AGUCAGAAUUUCAAAAAAGAAAGUGCACAAAAGCUGCUUUUUUCUUUCUAGCGAAGUGCACUUGGGAAACAUGACCGAGCCUGUGGACCGCUCAGCGGAGCCAGGCUGGACACCGCUCUUAGAGGCGGCUCCCUUCCACUUUUUAGGAAACCAGAUUGGGGUGGUGCGGCUCCUUUAAGGGCCGCGGACUCGAUAACUACGGACCGGGCUCUGGAGCCGGGGGAAGUGUGGCCCUCGGUGGGAGGGAGGGACCUCCCGCGGCGGCCACGUGGUUCCAGAGCCCAUAUAAGGUUAAAGGAGGCGGAGAUUCCUGGAGAAAAAAGGCGUGACACGGCCAUAUGCGGCCCAGAGGGGGCGGGGCCUGGUGGCCGGCCGGGGCGGGGCCGAGGCGGGCAGGGCUGUGGCCCGGCCGCGACUGUCCACAGAGCGUGUAAGGGGCGCCUAAACCGGGGUCCCGGGUGGUAGAGACAUGACUUCCCGCAGGUGGUUUCACCCCAACAUCAGUGGGCUGGAGGCUGAGAAGCUCCUUCUCACCCGAGGCGUACAUGGCAGCUUUCUGGCCCGGCCAAGCAAAAGCAACCCUGGUGACUUUACCCUUUCAGUCAGGCGAAAUGAGGAGGUGACCCACAUUAAAAUCCAGAACUCGGGGGAUUACUAUGACCUCUAUGGGGGUGAGAAGUUUGCCACACUGGCUGAGCUGGUGCAAUACUACACAGAACAGCACGGCCUGCUGCGGGAGAAGAAUGGGGACGUCAUUGAGCUCAGAUACCCCCUCAACUGCCAGGACCCAACAUCUGAGAGGUGGUACCAUGGACACCUCUUCGGCAAGGAGGCUGAGAAGCUGCUGACAGAGAAGGGCAAACCUGGGAGCUUCUUAGUACGAGAGAGUCAGAGCAAGCCCGGGGACUUUGUGCUGUCUGUCCUCACCCAGGAGCUGGACAAGCUAGAAGGUGGUGACCGCCGGCCCCGGGUCACCCACGUCAUGAUCCGCUUCCAGGUGGAUGGCAAGUACGACGUGGGCGGAGGCGAGCGGUUUGACACCCUGACGGACCUCGUGGAGCACUAUAAGAAGAACCCCAUGGUGGAGAAAUCAGGGGCUGUUGUGCAUCUCAAACAGCCAUUCAACGCCACCAGGAUAAAUGCUGCUAACAUUGAGAACCGGGUCCGAGAGCUCAACAAGACGGCAGACCAGAGUGAGAAGGCCAAGCAGGGAUUCUGGGAGGAGUUCGAGAUGCUGCAGCAGCAGGAAUGUAAACUUUUGUACCCCCGGAAGGAGGGGCAGCGCCCUGAAAACAAAGCCAAAAACCGCUACAAGAACAUUCUCCCCUUCGACACUACCCGCGUUACCCUGAGAGAUGUGGAUGGGAGUGUGCCAGGUGCUGACUACAUCAAUGCCAACUACAUUAAGAGCAUCCCUGAGGAUGGGCAGAGCCAGGAACCUGCGAAGGUAUACAUAGCCACCCAGGGCUGCCUGCAGACCACAGUCAAUGACUUCUGGGCCAUGGUGUACCAGGAGAACACGCAUGUCAUCGUCAUGACAACAAAGGAGAUGGAGCGAGGACGAAACAAGUGUUUCCGCUACUGGCCAGAUCAGCACUGUAUGAAGGACUACGGCUUUGUGCGUGUGCGCCAUGUAGCAGAGAGGGAGGCUCAAGGCUACUAUGUGCGGGAGCUGGAGAUGGGGCGCACAGACAGGGAGGAGCAGCCAAGGAAGGUAACACAUUACCAGUACUUCAGCUGGCCAGACCAUGGGGUCCCCAUGGAGCCUGGUGGUGUUCUUAGCUUCCUGGACCAGGUGAACCAGGCUCAGAGCAGCGUCCCAGGCUCUGGUCCCAUUGUCGUGCACUGCAGUGCUGGCAUUGGACGCACGGGCACCAUCAUCGUGAUUGACAUCCUGGUGGACACCAUUCGCAGGCAGGGGCUGGACUGUGAUAUUGACAUCCCCAGGACCAUCCAGCGGGUACGACAGCAGCGCUCUGGGAUGGUGCAGACUGAAGCCCAGUAUAAGUUUGUCUAUAUGGCCGUGCAGAGGCAUAUUGAAGGGGAGCAGUGGAGGCUGCAGGAGGAGCAGCGCAAUAGGCGGAAGGAGCGGGAAUAUCUAAACAUUCGCUCCCAGCCCUCGGACCCCUCCAGAAGCAAAGGGCUGUCACCCUCCAGGGCACAGUCUGUGGUGAGCGAGGAUUCUGCCUGCAUCUAUGAAAACCUGAAUGUUAGGGCCCCCUCAGUAUCUGGACUAAGCAACAUGGGAAGAUAAGGCUGAGGUCUCACAGGGCUGGUCAUGUUCACAUCUGUCCAUCUAUCUGUCCAUCCUCUCCUCCUGCUGAAGCAAAGUCCUCUGAGCAGUGACUGCAGCCUGUAGCAGGAAGUCAUCUGGGAGGCAAGGGGAAGAGCAUUAACUGUGCUCCCCUUGCUCUGGCAACACCAGACUGGCUACAGGCUUUUCUUGGUUGGGGGGGGGGUUUAAAAAGAAAAAAAUGGAAUUUUUUUGGAGGGGGGUUGUUUUGUAAAAAAAAAUAUGUUAGAGUGAUUUCUAGGGACAAGAUCUUUUCAAGAAGAUAUAUUCUGGAGGGGCUGGGAUCCCCCUUUCUCAGACCAUACUCUCCCCCAUCCCUUUCCUUGUGAGAUCAAGCUAGGCUGGGGCCUAGGGAGGGAAGGGCCAGCCCCAUCCUCCCUGUUUGUUUCAGCAGCUGAACCCUGUACCAGGAAGAAGCAGGAACAGCUCAGGGGAAAACUACCCUUCUGACUGACAGGGGUGGGGUGGGGUAGGGUGUGUGUGUGUGUGUGUGUGUGUGUGUGUGUGUGUUCACAUGGAGGGGGUCUGUUUGGAUCUUCUGGUGUGUGUUUCUUUGUGUAACUGAAUGUGUAUGACACUGAACCUUUGAAUGUGUAAUAUGGGUUUGAUAGGUGUGCACUGUUUGCCGUGUGUCUGUGACUGCGUGUGGGGAGUGUGUGUGUGUGUAUCUGUGUGAGUCACUUAGCC